AACCGUCUUAUUACAGAACGAGGUUUAACUAAAAACUUUGGUUUAAACCUAUACAAAGUACGGUUUAUAUAAAAAUGGUAUUACAAAAAGUGGUUUAACGAUAAACCAUGGACUAUUUGAUGGUCUAAUGCUAAACCUCGGCGCCCUUGGUUUGAUGAUGGUCUAAAUCGUAAAUGUCAAAUCAAAUUUCAAAUCAUUUGUCAGAUUGUGUCAGAUUAUCUCUUAAAUUAGCGUCUGUUUCGUUGUCUUGUGUUAUUUUUUACACGAAAAUGGAUAUUAACAUGGUAGAUUCAGUCGAUAUUGAGGAUAUUGAAGCCGUUGAGCUACUGGAAACGCCACGCCGACCUAAUAGAAAUCGUGUUCGACUCAAUCCCUUCAUUGAUUUAUCUGAUGAAGAUUUCAGGCAAAAGUAUAGAUUUACUAAAUCUUUUGCAAUGAAAAUAGUAGAUUUAUUAAAGGACCCAUUAACUCGAGACACCCGUGGAUGCCCGGUGUCUCCCGAAAUCCAAGUGGUUUGCGCAUUGCGAAGCUGGGCUCGACAUGAGAUCCAAGAUGAUACAGCCGAUUUGCAUGGAGUCUCACAGCCCUUUAUAAGUAAAAUAUGCAAAAAAAUAGCAGGACCCAUAGCCGGAAUAUCGCAUAGAUUUAUAAAAAUGCCUGCUACAUUGGCAGAACAAGAGGAAGCAAUGCGAAAAUUCCAUAGAAUUGCAAAUUUUCCUUCAGUAAUUGGUGCAAUUGACUGUACAUACAUAAGGGUAAAAAAAUUAUGUGAAGAUGGUGGUCAAAUAUAUAUCAAUCGCAAAGGAUUUCCAUCUAUUAAUGUCCAGGUAGUCUGCGAUGCAAAUUUAAAAAUAAUAGAUAUUGUUGCUAGGUGGCAUGGCAGUGUCCAUGACUCUCGAAUUUUUAGAGAAAGUCGACUAAAGCAGAGAUUUGAGGCUGGUGCAUUCUCAGGCAUUUUGCUUGGAGACAGUGGGUAUGCAUGUACACCGUAUUUGUUUACUCCCUUACUGAAUACCUCAACACCCCAAGAAGAACGGUACAAUAGUGCUCACAUUAACACCAGAAAUGCAGUGGAGAGAUGUUUUGGGUUGUGGAAGCAGAGGUUCCGUUGUUUAUUAAGAGGCCUUUACUGUGACAUUGAAACUGCAAGAAAAACUAUUGUAGCAUGUGCUGUAUUGCACAAUAUCGCAAUUGAUAUGAAGGAAGAUGUGUUUUCUAGUGGUCUCGAAGACGAAGUUAACAGGCAAUCUCACGCAGUUGUUUUGGCCGCAGAAAACAAUGUUCGCGGAAAUAUUAGAAGAAGGCAAUUUAUUGAAAGACACUUUUAAUUAAAAUAAUAUAUUUUUGUAAUAAGCUUGAAAUUAUA